UUCAACUCCCUGGUCAUCCUGGGCAGUAGCCAGGCCCUGUGUAAUUCUGGGCCAAGCAGGGUGGUCCACCUUGGGAUCUGCCUGGUAUAAGGAUCUGGGAUUGCAGUGGGAUAAAGCUCUUCCUAGACAGCCGUCCUGCUGGGUUGGAAGCUCCCUGCCCCCAAGUUCGUUACGUGAAAGUUCUGAGCUAUAAUUACCUUGGGGCCUACCUGUGUUUUCUGUCAGUUGCUGUAAUUUUCUGGUAAAGCUACACUAACAAACUGGCAAUCAUCCCUGCCCCCCAGAAUUCACCUCUCCCACCCCUGGGAAAUACUCAUACACCCUGCAGGGUUCAGGGCUGAGCCCUGUGAAGGCCCCCAGGCAGUACUUGCAGACCCACAGACCUGCAGAGGUACCGGUCCCUGCUCCACACCGAUCUCAGUACUCCCAGGGGCCAGACGAAGGGUCCACGGACUCUUAACAUUUCCCCUGAGACUCAGCCUCACCUGCAGGCUAGAACACCUCGCCUCAGCUUCCAGUUGUGGGCAGGGGGUGGUGCCAGUAGUACCUGGGGAAAGAGCUUGGCACUUGAGAAGCCGCUUUAAUUGCCAGUUCACCCGAGUGUAGGCUUGGCACAAUGGAGGGUGAGAGGGAAAUGUAACCACUUAGCAGACAGUCGUUGGGGACUUUUCAGAAGUGGAUUAAGUGGAGGUUGAUGGGAAACAGUCAUUUUUACAGAUGUUUGUCUAAGAAUGUUAAUUUUUUUAUGGUGAUCAAGAAAUUGGAUAUAUUUAGAAAGGCAGAUGAAGAAGUAAACUGAAUACUAAACUAGUUGAGUUGACGGUUCAAAUCUGAGCAGAACCCUGUGCAGUCAAGUGGUUUACCCUAGAUCGGGACAGCUGACCCUGACCCUGAGGCUCACGAUCAAAGCAGCCCAGCUCAUCUGUGUUGGGCUUCAGUGGGUUUCUGGCUUCGCGGUGCCCACAGAGUUGAUGUUGUCUUGGGAAUGGAAGCAGAAAUAUUUUUUUAAAAUAUACGGAGUGGAGGACAUGGGACGUUCAGCAGGAAGAGUCUGCUGAAGGUGAGGGUCAUGGACUUUGUCACGUCUACGGCCAUCCUGCCCCUGCUGUUUGGCUGUGUGGGAAUCUUCGGCGUCUUCAAGCUGCUGCAGUGGAUACGCAUGAAGGCCUACCUGCGGAACGCCGUGGUGGUCGUUACCGGCGCUACCUCGGGCCUGGGGCGAGAAUGCGCCAGAGUCUUCUACUCGGCGGGUGCUAAGCUGGUGCUCUGCGGCCGAAACCGGGAGGCCCUGGAAGAGCUCACCAAAGAACUUGCUUCUCUGGCCACCAAGGUGCAGACACACAAGCCUUACAUGGUGACCUUUGACCUCGCAGACCCUGGGGCCAUCGCCGCAGCGACAGCUGAGAUCCUGCAGUGCUUUGGCCACGUGGAUGUGCUCAUCAACAACGCCGGUAUCAGCUACCGGGGUGCCAUCGUGGACACCACCACGGACGUGGAUAAGAAAGUCAUGGAGACAAACUACUUUGGCCCAGUUGCUCUAACAAAAGCGCUCCUGCCCUCCAUGAUCAAAAGGCGACAAGGCCACAUUGUUGCCAUCAGCAGCGUCCAGGGCAAAAUCAGCAUUCCCUUCCGAUCAGCAUACGCAGCCUCCAAACACGCAACCCAGGCCUUCUUUGACUGUCUUCGUGCCGAGAUGGAGCAGUAUGAGAUCGAGGUGACUGUCAUCAGCCCUGGCUACAUCCACACCAACCUCUCUCUCAAUGCCGUCACUGCUGACGGGUCCACAUACGGAGUCAUGGACAAGACCACAGCCCAGGGCCGAAGCCCUGCGGAGGUGGCCCGAGAUGUUCUGGCUGCCGUGGGGAAGAAAAAGAAAGAUGUGAUCCUGGCUGACUUGUUGCCUUCCUUGGCCAUUUAUCUGCGAACUCUGGCUCCUGGGCUCUUCUUCCGCCUCAUGGCCUCCAGGGCCAGAAAGGAGCGGAAGUCCAAGAACUCCUAGUAGCGCGUCCGAGCUGCGAUAGGGGGCACCUGCUCAACGGGAUGGCUGCGUUUGUUGAGACCUUACUGGAUGUUUGCCUUACGGGUGGAAAAGAUGGAACAAACCCUUCUGAAGAUCCCUGGCUAGGCCCCUGUGAAGAGAAUGAGAACCAAAAAGGGCAACCGCCUACUCAAGGGUGAGGGGUAAACCUUAAGGAACAAAUGUGGAGCUGUGUUUCAACUAAGACUUUGAAAUGAAUGAACGGUUAGGAGUUGUAGUCCUCAAGGGCUGAAAGCACCAUGCCUCCUUUGAGUUCCAGCCUCAGCCAGCUCCCAGACAGUGUUUCAGCCUUGAAGAUGGAAGACAUCCUGAAUCACCUGACCCACUUCUCGUAUGUGGCUGAUCUGGGUCACAUACCUAAUGGUUUUGGCAGAGUCACCCGCAGUACUCAAGGGAGCGGCUGUCGUUUUAAGAAGCCGUCAUCCAUACCCAUUUUCUGGGUCCUACAGUACGUCAUCCGACACAACAAAUGGGCUCCUGUGUGUUCUGUCUUUCCACGUAACCCGAGUGAUGCUGGCUUUAGUACCUAAAAGGAAUUCCCCCGUUUCCCUGUGAACUCUCACCUAGCCCUGUAGACCAGGCCCCACUCCAAGCAGAAGAUGAAUUUACUAAGGACGCAGGAGCCAAAAGGGAGAGGAAAACCCCGCAUGGUCCCACAAAACCUCUAGGAAGUCUGACUCCGAAGCCCAGUCAGGCGGGGAGGGAUUCCAAGGCCGCAACUGCCCCCGGAUAGAGCAGUCAUUUGUUAGUGGUGCCUGUUGGAGCGUAGCCAGAAGGGAUGCCUGCUUCCACCUUUCUGAUUUAUGAAAAAUACAAGGUUGAGGUUCAGUGAGUAAAUAAACUUCAUAUCUGAAGUUUAGGAUGGAACUUUUCCUAUUUUUGAGGCUGAAAGUGGAAAUUGUGGGUGUAUUGUAUGGCUUCCCCAAUUUGGAAUAAAAAUGUCCUAGCACGUCAUAGCAGCAUCUUGCGCUGCCUCCUAACCCUGGCCCUACAGAGCUUGUAUCGUAAACAGCUGUCCCUGAAAUAAAAAUGGCCAAAGCCAA